AUGACUGAUGAUGACCCUGAAGAAGAUUCUAAUGAAGAUCCUGACGACGAACCAGUAGAGGACCCUAAAGCUAUGGCAGAAGAUAACCUUGAAGAGGACCCUGGAGGUGUUACUGGAGAAGCAAAUAUGGAAGAUAAUGAUGACUCUGCUCUCGAUCACUUUGCUGCGGCUUUGCUUAUGUUGAAGAAGGGUUUCAUGUUGCCGCUGCUGGUGCAGAAAUGGCUGGAGGGUGGCUGGUAG